AUGUCAGGUGUCUUGGAAAUUUGUUUUAACGGGACUGGAAGUCCGGCGUCUCCAAGUGCUAUUGCUGCUAAAGAACUUUGCAACGCCAACCUGUAUGACCCCUACGACAAGGAAUUUGAGGAGCUUCUCUACAAAUGCCUUACAAAAGCCCCGCUAGAAGCGCUGGAACAAAUUGAUCUGAAACAGGAGAAAAAUUGGGUUUUGUUUGCUGAUGGGUACUACUUUCCCAAAUCUGGUCACGAAUCCAUGGAUAGAUCAAGCCGUGGACAUGAAUUUCUCAUCGGCCUUACCACUGGCGAGUGGGCAUUUUUUGAAAAUCUUUUUGCGAAAUACAUGGGCAGGACGGAUUACUCUAGCGCUAGAUUUCGCAAAACUAUCACUGCCUACAUGGGGAUUUCCGACGACCGGCUUGAUACUUUGGAGAACUUUUACACUCAAAAGUACGAUCCAAAACUGUAUUCGACGCGAACAAUAACCAGUGAGACAGUGAUUACAGCCGAGCAAUGGUUUUGGUUUGAAGUCGUGGUCAACUCAAUGACCGACCUUGUCUUUCAUGUUCCCAUAGUCAGCGAAGUCGAAAAGCUAAGGAAUGCUAGGGUGCCUCCUUCGUUGUUUGUUUACACCUAUAACGCGACUUUGGCGGCCCGAUCUUGGGAUGAGAAUCGGCACGCAUCGCAUUCUGAUGAGCUCCCAUGGCUUUUUGGAGAUUUGAAAAAAUCA